CGGAAGUGAAGCGGAAGCCAUUGCUCUCGGGAGGCGAGUGCGGCUCUACACAUGGGCAGGGGAGGGGUCCGCCACGGCUUCCUCAGGGCUGUUGGGGAUCCUCCGCUUCCCCGCCACAGACCGGACCUGCUGUAUGAACUCGGCGUCCCCUCGGCGGCAGCUUCCGUGACCUCCACUGCACCUGAUUCUACCCUCAGCCUUAUGCUUGCUGGAAGAAUUCCGUGACAGCAAGAGGGAAGCUUCCUGCUGCCAGUCCCCUGUUGUUUAGGCAGAUUGACUGUCAUUCUCACAGAAUGGCAGCUCUUGGUCUGUCUCCCACAUGUGCUGUGUCCACCCGGGACCCUGCCUAUAUCCAUGAGUCAGAAAUUCCUCCUUCGUCAGAAGACCAUUCCUCUUCUCAGGACAUGGACUUGUUUGUUUGCAAUGGCCUGGAACCUUCUAUGCCAGCCAGUGUUGGUUCUCAGGAGUCAGUGACUUUCCAGGAUGUUGCUGUGGACUUCACUGAGAAGGAAUGGCCCUUGCUGGAUUCUUCUCAGAGAAAACUGUACAAAGAUGUGAUGUUGGAGAACUAUAGCAACCUUGCCUCAGUGGGGUAUCAGGUGGGCAAACCCAGCCUCAUCUCCCACUUGGAGCAAGAAGAGGAGCUGAGGACAGAGGAGAGGGAACUGCACCAAGCCACAUCUCCCGAUUGGGAGACUCCAUCUAAAAGCAAAUGGUCCAUUCUCAUGGAAGAUAUUUUUGGGAAGGAAACAUCCAGUGGUGUGACAGUGGAAAGAACACAUCUUGGAGAUAAACCCACUGAGUACACUCACCUGUUUGAAGUCUUUAGCAUGGGCACUCAUCUUACUCAGCAGAUGGGAAGGCACGCUGGCAAGAGGCCCUAUCACCGCCGGGACUGUGGGGCAGCUUUCAAGAACAGGUCACAUCUAGCCCAACAUGUGAGCAUUUACAAUGGCAGGAAAAUGCAUGAAUGUCAUCAGUGCCAAAAAGCCUUCACCACGAGUGCGUCCCUCACACGGCACAGGAGAAUACACACUGGGGAGAAACCCUAUGAAUGCAGCGCCUGUGGGAAAGCCUUCAAUGAUCCCUCUGCCCUCAGGAGUCACGCGAGAACUCACCUCACAGAGAAGCCCUUUGACUGCAGUCAGUGUGGAAAUGCCUUCCGAACCCUCUCCUCCCUGAAGAUACACAUGAGAGUUCACACUGGGGAGAGACCUUACAAGUGUGAUGAGUGUGGGAAGGCGUAUGGCAGGAGCUGCCACCUCAUUGCACACAAACGAACGCACACAGGAGAGAGACCAUACGAAUGCCACGACUGUGGGAAAGCUUUCCAGCAUCCCUCACAUCUCAAAGAGCAUGUCCGGAAUCACACUGGAGAGAAACCAUAUGAAUGCACACAGUGUGGAAAAGCCUUCCGAUGGAAGUCUAACUUCAAUUUGCACAAGAAGAACCACAUGGUAGAGAAAACAUAUGAAUGUAAAGAAUGUGGGAAAUCCUUUGGUGAUCUCUUAUCACGGAGAAAACACAUGAGAAUUCAUAUUGUAAAGAAACCCAUUGAAUGUAGACAGUGUGGGAAAGCAUUCCGAAACCAGUCCAUCCUUAAGACACACAUGAAUUCUCACACUGGAGAGAAGCCCUAUGGGUGUGAUCUAUGUGGGAAAGCCUUCAGCGCAAGCUCAAACCUGACCACACACAGGAAAAUACACACUCAAGAGAGACGCUACGAAUGUGCUGCCUGUGGGAAAGUGUUUGGGGAUUAUUUAUCCCGGAGGAGGCACAUGAGCAUUCAUCUUGUAAAGAAACGUGUUGAAUGUAGGCAGUGUGGGAAAGCCUUCAGAAACCAGUCGACCCUCAAGACACACAUGAGAAGUCAUACAGGAGAGAAGCCGUAUGAGUGUGAUCAUUGUGGGAAAGCCUUCAGCAUAGGCUCAAACCUUAAUGUGCAUAGGAGGAUACACACUGGGGAGAAACCCUACGAAUGCCUGGCCUGUGGGAAAGCCUUCAGUGACCAUUCAUCCCUUCGGAGUCAUGUGAAGACUCAUCGAGGAGAGAAGCUCUUUGUGUCAUCUGUGUGGAAGAGGCUCCAGUAAUGCAUCUUUAAGAGAAACGAGAUCUCAGACUGGGAGGAAGCCUUCUUGGUGUAUGGAAGGCAGGAGCACUUAGAUGAACUCAACUGUACACAAACCAGUACAUGUAACUGGAGAAAUCCAGUUUGUGUAAUGGCUGGGAAGGACUUGUUUUUCACAAGUGGGGAUUUGUGAGAAAUGGCUAGGGGCAAAAACACACUUGUGGUAUGCAGAAACCAUCAGUGUACAUUCAACUCUUUAAAAGGACAACUUUAGGGAAAGAAACCAUAGCUUGGUGUUUAAUGUCAAGAUGACUUUAGCGCCACCUGGCACCUUCUGGGCAUAUGAGUAAGCACACUAGAGAGAAUCUGUAAAUUCACCCUUUGGGCAAACCUUUACUGGUCUCACCCUGUAUUCUCCAUGAAAGAGAUCAUACAAAAGAGAAAAACUUAUAAAGUAGGAAAGUUUGUAACAGAGGUCAGCAAACAAGCCAACUGUCUAUUUUUGUAUGGCUUGCAAGUUAAGAAUAGUUGUUAAAUUUUUAAGGAAGAAGAACGUGUGACACCCCACAUGCAACUCACAAUGUCUAAAAUAAUUAACUUUUUGGCCCUUUACAGAAAAAUUUGGCCAACCCCUGGUCUGCAGCAGCAGUUGCUAACCAGGGAUGAUUUAGCUUCUCUGGAGACAUUUUUGGUUGUUAAAACUGGGGGGGAGAUGCUACUGACACAUAAUAAUGCACAGGAGCCCCUGCAGCAAAGAAUGAUGUGGCCCAAAAUGUCAAUAUUGCUGAGGUUGAGAACCUUAGCCUAGGACAAUCCAUCAGUUUUUGUGAGACCUCACUCACACUAGGAGAGGUUUCUGUUUCAAACUUUGGAAGUAUAAUCAGUAUGAUUCUUUCAGGAAACGUGAGAACCCACACUGUACACAGUUCCCAUAUGGGGAUGAUUUUAGCCACAGCCCGCUUUCUUAGGCUUAUGAGAAUUCAUACCCUGAUGGAAUUUUCUAGUAAACAUGAAAUUGCAUUUGUCAGUCUUUAAUCAUGAAAACAGACCCUAGCUCAUUACAUUAUAGUCUCUAUUUUUAAGAUUAUGCUCCCCUAAAUAAUGCUUAGGCUUCAUCACAGAAGGCUUGUAUAUAGUAUUUUUAUUAUAAUUUCAUUCCUGAUAUGUGUAUUAAUUUCCUUUUGGAUAACUUACUUGACCAGUGGACUGUUUAGAAUUAUGUUACAUACUAUGUAACGUGGAUAUUUUUAAUAUCUGUUUGUUACAAGUGUCUAAUUUAAGUGCUUUGGAUCAGCGCAUGAUGUCUUCCAUCAGAUGGAUCCUCUGGGACGUUCUCGGUCUCCUGUCCAGCCAAGAGUGAUGUAAACCUCUCAUUGCUCUCCCACUAUCUCUUUCAUGUCAAGAAAAUCCCAAGUUUUUUCAGAUUACUAAAGUAUGCUGUUUUUAAAAGUCUCUUCAGAGUUUUCUGCAGCUAGUACAGUCUUUGUCUUAUGUGUAGCCUGGCUGUUGACAGAUAAGCAGAUGUCACUGUGUGAGCUAUGAGAAGAAAGUACUUGAAAAGGGAUUAUAACCUAGAUUCUUCUACGUGUUUUGUUUUUGCUCUUUGCCCUACUUCACAUCUUGCAAGGAGAUAAGUACCUAGUGUUAAAAGAUCCAUCUGUGACUAUAAGGAUGCAAGCCACAGGCUAAAGAGGAUCCUGCAGAAAAGGCAUAAGGAUCCUGGCCUCCCCAGUAGCUUCUUUGUCUACAGUAGCCAUGAAUUUGUUAUUUUCAGACUUCCUAUUACAUGAGAAAAAAAUAAAACAUUAUUGGCGUAAGUGGC